CCCGUUGCCGUGCGGGCCGUGGGGACAGCGCUCUCGGGCACCUCUGGCUCUGGGGCUGGUCCUGUGCAGGGGCACGAGCUGGACCCGGUGAUCCUUGUGGGUCCCUUCCAACUUUGUGAUAAUUUGUGCGCAGUUCUUACCAUCCCUCUAAAAACCAAAGUCUGCAACAGUAGGAAUUAAACUCUAAGCAAGGAGUGACAUAACACAUAUACACCAUAGUUAUGCAUCUGGUAACGGGGAUCAGCUCCACACAUCCCAAAUAGAGGUCAAGGUCCUCUCUCUGUUUGCCUUUUUGACAUAGCAACAGGAUAUUUCUUUUAUGAUCUUCUGUCAAGGAUUUUUUUAUCUUAGCUGUUAUGCUGCUUUCAAGUAUUUUCAGGUAGAGAAAAUAUUUGCCUAUUUAGCAUUACUUAAAAAGUUUUAAAAGUACUGAAGGUAAUUUAAGGUAGCACCAUUUUUCCUUAACUCAUUUUCCAAUUGAAAAUAUUUUAAGUAGACAUUACUCCUUUGAGUGUUUCAUUAAAUCUGCUUUCAGGGUAAAAAGCAGGUUUGUUGACUUUUCACGAUGGUUUUAAAACAUGUUAUAGACAGUUUGAAACAAACACCGAAGUGUUUUUAUACAACUGAAUUAGGGUGGGUUUCAAAUAAUAGUUUCCAACUUGACGUAUGUAACAUGAGGUGCAGACGAUACUAAAAAUUUAACAUUGCUUAUAUUGAUAGCUGUGAUGAUAACCUGAAUUGUAAGCUGAAUGGCAGAUGAAGGUAAUUUAUGUAGUAAUGCCCAGAAUUUUUCUGAAGUGGGAAAGGGGCAGCACAGACCUUGCUCUCGUGUCUGUGCAUUUUAAUGCUGUACACUAAAUCCACAAGUAUAAAUUAGUGGAUUUCAUGGGUUUUUAAGACUAGUUCUGUAAAUUCUUAUUUGGCUUCUUUAGCUUUCUUGCAAAAAAAAAAAAUAAAUCCACAAGUGUACUUGGCAUAAUUUUUCAAGGAGACUGAUCCCUCAUCUCUUUAUGUUCUCAGUUUUAUACAUAGUAUAUAAAAAUUUUGCAUAAAAUGUGUGUAUAUGUAGUGGCACUUAAUUGGUUAUUUCUAGACAUUUUUAGAGAACUAAAUUUAAAUGUAAGACCUUUUGUCCAGCUCCUUCACCUCCCAGCCCACAGUUCUGCCCACAUCACAGAGUUUGUUUUCAUGUGCAUUUUUGUAUAUUGGCUUAUAAUUGGACCUCCAACACUGUCACAUUAUUGCCUGUGGUUUAUGGUUUGAUAUUUUUAAAGGAGGGGUUAAUUGGAAAUAGUAACUGCCUGUAGCUUCCCCUCAAAACAGAGAAGAAUUGCUCUUUAUAACUUUAGUACUGCUUGAUUUUCCCUACAAUUAAGUAAUUGUAGCUGUAAUUAAUAAGUUUUCUAGAAAAUGACAUUUAUAAUGAGAAGUAUGAUUUGACAUUUGAAUGGUCUUUAAAAUAGUCAUACUGAAAUGAGUAAUGCAUAUAAAUUCCAGAAUUACUUUCUUCUAACAUUUCAAGGAAAAAACUGCUUAUUUUUGAAAAUUAUAUUGUUUGCUUUAGGACCAUUGAUGCAUCAAAGUACAUUAGGAAUAUGUUUUCAUAUCCUACUGUGCUUUUAAACAUCAGUAUGCCAGUUACUGUCAAUUGAUAUUUUAAUGUUUAGCAUUCAAAUGUGUAGUGCUUGUAAAGAAAAAGAGAAUAGCUGUAACACUGUUAUUCAGCUUACACUUGAAAAUACUUUUCUUACCUUUGUACAGCUUGGAGGUAGCCUCUUGGAGGCUCUCUUGGAAUUAUUCUCUGCAGGUGUAUUGAAAAGCAUCCACUAAAUGUCCCCAAUAUCUUUGGCUAUUUCUGUCGCCAUUCUGAAAAUUUUUAUUAGUUUAGUAGAACUGGGCUUCUGUGUUUGGUAGAGAGAGAAAUGUAAAUAGUACUGGGCUGUGAUUUCAUUAUUGUACAGGUAUAAGUCUUUAUUUUUAUGACCCCCAUUCUCCUAGGUAUUAUGGAAGAAGGAAGCAGCAUUGCAGUAUUGAUGCCAAAUAUUGGGGAGCAGGAGGCUGUGCUGAUUUCUGAAACAGUCAUUGGCCCAGCACUGCAGAGCAGCGAAGACCAGAGGAAAUGCAAAACUGACCCCCUGAUCCACGUUAUCCAGAAGCUGAGCAAAAUAGUUGAAAGUGAGAAGUCACAAAGGUGCCUUUUAAUAGGGAAGAAACGUUCCCAUGCCGAGGCUUCUGCGCAGUCCUUGGACACAGCUGAGCUCUGUGAAAUCCCAGCUAAGGCCAUCGAGCUCUCGGUGAUUGCUGCUAAAAAGACUGAAGAGUUGCAAGCAGAUUAUUUUGUGACUGAAUGUCUUCCACCAAGCAAAAAAAAGGUGACGUGCUACCAAUGUGGUCUCUGUAAUUUUCUAUCGCCUUCACUCUUAACUCUACAAGAACAUAUAAAACAACAUGGGCAGAAAAAUGAAGUGAUAUUAAUGUGCUCAGAAUGUCAUUUUGCCUCCAAAAGCCAAGAAGAACUUGAAUCCCACUUCCAAAGUCACCAUGAGAAUGGUGGUAAAAACAGCAUCCAGACAAAAGCACAGCAGUGUGUCAAUGUCACAAGUUCAUUUCUGCAAGGGCCAGUGGAAGGAAGUGUCAAAGCAGGGACUGAUCAGACAGGAAAUGUGGAAUGUAAGGAUACAGCUCAGUCUGCUCCUGUGCCUGAAAUGGGUAGGAGGAAAUGGUACACCUACGAGCAGUAUGGCAUGUACAGGUGUUUAAUUUGCAGGUACACCUGCGGUCAGCAGAGGAUGUUGAAAACGCACGCUUGGAAACACGCGGGGGAGGUUGAUUGCUCCUACCCCAUCUUUGAGGAAGAAAAUGAAAACACCAGCUUGUCAGAGACAGUUGUAACUCACACACCUCAGAGUGUGGAUACGGUUGUCCUUUCUGUGGAAAACAGUGAACUUGAUAUCCAUAGUGAGCCUUCUCUUCAGCUUCAGAUUUGCAAUUCUGAGCAGUUGUCGUGUAAAUCGCCCCUAGGAACAAAUGUGAAAGAGGAAGAGAUAUUAAGUGAGUCCGUGGUGCAUUCUCCUACUACAGAGGUUGUAGAGGAGACUGUAUCAGAUACAGAACCAGACAAUUUGAUAACUGACAGCCUGCUUUCAUCAGCACAGAAAAUCAUCAGUUGUAGUCCAAAUAAAAAGGGUCAUAUUAAUGUCAUAGUAGAACGUUUGCCAGGUGCUGAAGAAAGUGUUUUACAAAAGCCAUUCUUAAUGAACACUGACAUUGAAACCGAAAAAAAAUUGAUCUCAGAGGAGACCUCUGUUACCUGUGAAGAACCUGCUGAAGUUUAUCAUUCAGAUGCAAUUCAAGAAGUAAUAAUAGAAUGGAAUAACACCGAGAAGAAAGAUAAUGAAUUAAGCGCUAAUAAAAAUGUAACAGCUGAUGAAAAUGUGCCCCCUGCACGAAGGAGGACAAAUUCAGAGUCCUUGCGACUGCACUCCUUAGCAGCAGAAGCUCUGGUAACAAUGCCAAUUAGAGCUGCAGAGCUGACACGGUCCAGUCUCAGGGCUCUGACUGGAGAAGAUGCUGUGGAUGCGGGUGCAGGGCAGGGAGGAGCUGAUGGCCCGUGCAUGGCUCAUUCUAAAGUGGUGUCCUCACUUAAGGAUCCUUCAGAGGAGUUCAGCGGCUUAAACCAAAGUGAAUGUGCAAUAGUUGAGAUAAAGAAAGACAGACCGGAGUUAUCAGAAGCACCAAUUAAAAUGGGCAUCAGUAUGUCACUGCUCACUGUCAUUGAAAAACUGAAGGAGAGGACAGACCAGAACGCUUCUGACGACGACAUCCUGAAAGAGCUGCAGGACAACGCGCAGUGCCAAAGCGCGGGCGCUGCCGCGGCGGCCGGGAGCAGCCUGGUGGAGUUCAUCCCCAGCGCCGAGCGGCCGUACCGCUGCCGCCUGUGCCACUACAGCAGCGGCAACAAGGGCUACAUCAAGCAGCACCUGCGGGUGCACCGCCAGCGCCAGCCCUACCAGUGCCCCAUCUGCGAGCACAUCGCUGGCGACAGCAAGGGCCUGGAGAGCCACAUGAUCAACCACUGCAAAGCCCGCAUGUACCAGUGCAAGCAGUGCGAGGAGUCCUUCCACUACAAGAGCCAGCUGCGAAAUCAUGAAAGAGAACAACACAGUCUUCCAGAUCUGUUCUCUACAGCCACAGCUAACAAACUAAUAGUUUCCAAUGAAGCAGAUGAUAGAGAAGGAAGCAAGUCUUCAGCCCAGAAGCUGUUCAGGUGUGAUGUCUGUGACUACACGAGCACAACGUACGUGGGAGUGCGGAACCACCGCCGCAUUCACAGCUCGGAUAAGCCGUACAGAUGUCGCGUGUGUGACUUCGCCACCACAAAUAUGAAUAGCUUGAAGUGCCACAUGAGGCAGCACCCCCAGGAGCAUCAGGCAGUGCAGCUCUUGGAACAGUUCAAAUGUUCUCUCUGUGGAUAUGUAUGUAGCCAUCCUCCAUCCCUGAAGUCCCACAUGUGGAAACAUGCAAGUGACCAAAAUUAUAACUAUGAACAAGUGAACAAGGCUAUUAAUGAUGCAAUUUCACAAAGCAGUAGGUUUCAAGGACAGCUCACUGACAAAACCUUACUAGAAGGCACAGAUGAAAGUACAGUACCUCUACUAGGAAGUACAGACAACUUGGUGUCUUUUACAGAGUCCAUUAACCAGACUACAAAUGAAAUUUCAGGUUCUGAUGAAAAUGAAAAACCCACAUUGAUGAAUACCUCAUGCAGCUUAGAAAAGAACUCCACUCUACCCCAUCUUGGCACAGAAUACUGUGUUCUUCUCUUCUGCUGCUGCAUUUGCGGUUUUGAGUCUACCAACAAAGAAAAUUUGCUGGAUCAUAUGAAAGAACAUGAGGGUGAAAUCAUAAACAUCAUUCUAAACAAAGACCACAGCACGGCUCAGAAUACAAACUAGGUGAAGCAGUAAGUUAAGAGAGGAUUUCCUAGAGUGAAUAUUUUCUUUUUUUGCUAAUUUUUGCCUGAGAAACUUGCUAAAGAGAAGAAUUGCAAGCAAAACUUGAUUUCCCAUCCUGAGUUCUUGUUUCAGUAGGAGUCCAGUGUUUGCACCAGGGACUGAUAAAUCAUUUAAGAGAUAAAUAUAAGGUGUGGAGAAUAGAACGAUCCAUUUUAACCUGUUACUUCUUUAUAUGGUGCCAAGAAUGUAGGAUUGUUGGGUUUUUUUCAUUUCCUGUCAGGUACUAGUCAGUAAUAAUGCAUUAGCACAGUACUUUAAAACCCAAAGGUGUGAAAGCUUUGAAUCACUUGAAAAGCUUUUUUCUUCCUCCCUCUUUUGUUGUUUUCCAAGUAAUUCAGCAAAGAAGGUUUUUACCCUCUCUUUUGGAAGAUGAUCUGGCAACAGAUCAGAUAGAACUGUUACAAUAUGAUCUGGUAAACCCCCCUGCCUGCAAGGUGGGGUGAGGGGAGGUGGGCCAGGGCAUGUGUGUGUUGUAUUCACACACAGGAGUUCCAUUUUUCCCAGUCUUUUUAAGGCUUUACAAACUCUCAAGUCAUUUUCCAACAAAGACUGCCAUCCUUUCCCUCAAUUUACAGCACCAGGAAGUGAACCAUUUUGUUAAUAACUAUUUGUUUGAUUGGAUCCUAACUACAAAACUAUCUUUUCAACUCAUAGUGUGUAACAGAUUUUUUACAACAAUAACCUGUUGUUUCUCUAUGGUUUUUUUGACACGUUCAGAUGAAUCAUUUUAAAAAAGAAAAGCUUAUAAUGUCACUUUUCAUUUGUGGUGAUUACUUUGCAGUAUGGAUGAGCAGUGUUUUUAAUGAGAACAAGAUAUUAACAAUAAUUGCCACAAAGUGAUGUAGAUGAAAACUAUGUAGAUUCCAAAAGAUGUAGGUGAGCUCAAAUUGGGAUUUUCAGAAACGCCUACAUGCUUUGGCAAUCGUUGAAAUGCUACUGGCUGGCCAAAUUUCCCACUUGUCUGUCAGAGCUGUAACUGUAGAAAUUAUGAGCUGAAAGAUAAUCUUCCUGUAGAAAAUCAUAGUUAAAAAAAAAAAGAAAUUGCAAACAAUGUCUUAAGCCAAAACUGUAUCCAGUCACUUCCUGAGUAAAUUUUACUAGUGCCUAUAGUAUGGAUUGAUAAAGGGAAUUAGAGAUUAAUUUGUUGUAUAAAAAAACAGGAAUCUCAUCCUUUUAAAACCUUCAGCUUCUAAAAUUACAGCGUGGGGGGGUUUUUGUUUGCUGUUUUUACAGUUACAGGAGUUGGCAGUAGAAGAUACUCAUCUGUAUUUCAAUGUGGAAUACUAUUUCACUGGCUAGUUUCCUGGCAACUUUGUUGAGGUUAUUGAUUAAGUUGGCUACUUAAUUUUUUGGAAGAUUCAUUAAGUGUAGUAUCACUUCCAAGAAGCCCUUUGGCAGCCAGAUUGAAACUUCCUAGCUCAGGCAUUCCUGAAUACAGGAACUGUAUUCCUGCUUCUAAUGAGUGGCAGGUGCACAGCAGCUUGCCUAGUGCUGCCACAGGCAUGCAGUGACCUGGUUUUUAGUAGCUCAGUACUUACAAAGUUCCUCACUCUCAGGAAGACAGGGGUUUCUGCUUCCUUUAUUUACACCCUUCUGGCAGCAGCAGUCAGCUGCAGCUGUAAAUGUGAGAGGCUGGCACAUGGAGUGUCUGUAUUGUGCUAGCACUGCCUGGAAGUGGCAACCAGGAAAAGAAAACAGUGACAGAAGUCACAGCUUCAUGAAGCAGCACAAAAUGUAGAGGCCAGGGUAAAAGCACUAAGACUUCAAGUGUAUUUGAUAUUUGUUUUCAAGAUAUUUCCUCAAUUUGACUUGUUCUUUUGGGUUAAACAGGUAUUAUUUUGUUUAUGAAUUAGCAGAAAGUACACAUUUGACUUGAAGAAUUAGUCAGGCUAUAAGGUCAAAGCAUUUCUGUGUUGAAUUUUUGAGAUACUUCACGUUUCUGAAGUAAAUUAUACAUUAUUUUCAGUUAAUAGUUAUUUUUCAUAUUCCUACAGAUAGAAUUUACAUUUGGAAAGCACAUUAUUUAUUUACAUUAUCCCAAAUUCCAGAGGUAAUGGGAUAUUUUAAUGGGAUAUUCAUAUUGUCUUACUGACACUGCUAUUUUACCUUCAGUAUAGAAUUAAUGUGAAAAUACUGCAUCAUCUGGAAUAUAGCUCAACUUUCCAUUUGUUUGAAAAAUCAAAGGACAGUGAGAUCCCUAGUAAUGCUAAACUACCAGUCAGUAUUCACAGAAACAAUAUUUACCACACUGUUAUUUUUGUGUAAUUCUGUUAAGUUGCUCAGCUAAUGAAAGAUAAAAAAGGAAAAACUUGCACUCAUAAGCUAAGAAGGAGAUGGCAGUGAACCAAAAUUUCAGAAGCCAAUAAUCUCGAAUCCAGCUGAAGAGGUGUGGUGUGUGUGGAAGCCACACGUGCACCAGGAAUCAGUGGCACAGCAUUCCUAAGCAGGAUGUGUCUGUUCACAGUUGUUCUUUGCCACCUUGUUGCUCUGUUCUUUUUGACCAUGUGUUCCUGUAAAACAGAAAGCCACUUGCCUCUAAAAACCAUUAUCAGUCCUGACAAAUGCCAACAAAGAAUUCUUUCCCAUAUGCACAGAAAUUUACUUUUUUUAGCUGUCUCCAUGCUGCUUGCAAUUAGUUACCCACUCACAAUUCCCAUGGACUUUGUCAGAAGAUCUGCAUGUGAAAUAAUUAUAGACUUUGUUUUUCUGAAAGCAAUUUGUUUCUCAGGUUAUCUGCUUUCGAAAGUGUAUGGCUAGCCUGGUUGCAUGUUUUGUAAGGGGUUUUAAGCACAUUUCAAAGUCACUAACACUGCAAAUUUCCCAUUUCUUUAAGCCUUUAAACUAUUUUUGUCUCUUAGGUCACAGCGCUAGCAGGUGAUCAGCUAUUCACUUGCUGUUUGUUUAAAUUAGAUUUUAUUCUGUGAUACAAACUGUACCUUGCAGCUUUUUUUGCAAUGCCUGUACUUCCACUAAAGAGCAAAUUUCAUUCAUACUUGGCUGUACUGAAAAAUGGGUGCAUAUUUCAUCUUCCCAAUUUAUGCUUGACCCGCAAAAAUAGAGUGGGAUUCAGUCGGAGUUAUUGUAUUUUCCUCUUUCAUAAGCACUUAUUUAAUCAUUUAAAGAAAUGUACAGUUGGUGCUCAAAGUAACAUUUGUUAAGAUAUAUUUAAUAGAAAUUUACAUUUGCAUUUGAUAUUCAUGGACAUGGGUACAUGUAUUUUUUUAAGAAAAGGUAUUGUAACACUAUGGCACUGCUUUUAUAGCCAAAGUAUAAAAAAAUUUAGAAAACUGACAUAUAAAGACUGCAGUUAAUUCUGAUACUGUAUCUUAUUAAAUAGGAUGAGUUUUGUUUUAUAAAGUUAUCCAGCACAUUAAGCUGCAUGCCUUAAGCUCUCUCUAGGAUUGUGUUCCUGAUAGGCAACUCUUUGGAAGGAUGAAGCAAAGUCUGUAGUACUACUUUAACUACCUUCUGGAAUACUGUACAAUGGUAGAAUAAUUUAUUUUGCUUUACAGGAGUUUGUCACGUAUUGACUUUAAUAUUGUAUUUUGGUAAUAAACUUUUUUUUGUUAAA